UGGAGUGAUGACAGGAAGUCAUUUGAUUAAAAAAAACACAAUUUCAUGUUUUUGCCUCAGUAUGAUUUAUUUUGUUAAUUUUAUGCAGGAAAUUCAUGAUCUUUUGAGUGAUUACACACUUAAGUAUUGCUUUGUGGACAAAUACAAAGGAACAGCUUUCGUCACCUUACUGAACGGGGAACAGGCAGAAUCGGCCAUUAAGAAAUUUCACUUGAGCACCCUGCGAGACAAGGAAAUCACAGUGCAACUACAACCCACAGAUGCCCUCUUGUGCAUUGCCAAUCUGCCCCACCUUUAUACGCAGCAACAGUUUGAAGACCUGGUCCGGCCGUUUGGGAACUUAGAGCGUUGCUUCUUGGUGUACAGUGAGAAAAGGGGACACUCGAAAGGUUACGGUUUUGUGGAAUACAUGAAAAAGGAUUCGGCAGCCAGAGCAAAGUCUGACCUGUUGGGCAAGCAGCUGGGAACACGGACUCUGUAUGUUCAUUGGAUAGAUGUCAACCAGCUGACUCUAGACCUUAUCCACUCAAAAUGCCUCUGUGUAGAUAAAUUGCCCCACGGUUAUAAUGAUCUUGAAGAACUAAAGCAGACCUUCUCCGCCAUCUGUCCUCCAACAUUCUGCCAGCUGGCAUGUGGUCAGGAUGGGCAGCUGAAAGGCUUUGCAGUCCUGGAAUAUGAGUCAGCUGAGAUAGCAGAGAUGGUUCAGCAGGCUACCGAUGGCUUUCUACUUGCUGGGAACCAUAUCAGAGUCUCUUUCUGUGCUCCGGGUCCAGCUGGACGAAGUAUGCUAGCUGCUCUGAUAGCUGCCCAAGCAACAGCACUUAACCGUGGUAAAGGGCUUCUCCCCGAACCCAAUCUUCUUCAGAUUCUGAACAGCUUGGGGAAUCCUUCGUCUCUCCAACUCUUACUCAACCCCCUACUUCAUGGAGCCAUUGGAGGAAAGCAAGGAAUCCUUGGCGCACCACCAGCAGUCUCCCUUCUAACCAACCCAGCUCUCUUCACAGCUCAACUUCAGCUGGCACUCCAGAAUCAAACACAAGCACAGCAGAAGGCAUUUCUUGGAAACUUGCUCUUAGUCCAAAACCAGGUCUGGGCACAGCUCCUGCAGAACAAGGAAAACCAGACCAUAUUCCAUGUGAGUGCGAGGCUUGGUCUGUGUGGAAAUAUGCUGAUUGUGUGCAGAUGUGUGUAGUGUUUGUGCUCAGUGGAAGGUGCACUGCAGUGACCAUUUUCCAGUCUUUCUCAUACCGUGGCCUCAAUGCAGAAGACGUACAGUGUGUUACUGAACUUUUAAUUUCAGAGCGUGUAGCCUAGGAAUUUAAUGUUUAACGUAGUAUUACGUAACUAGCAUGCUUUCUUGCCAUAACUUUGUGUAUGUCUUUAAUACAAGCCCAUUAUGGAUCCUCAAAAAGCAAAGGAUGCUAAGAACAUCUUAAUGCAGUAUGUAGGCUUACUUUAUUACCUGUGUAUCUCUUUGAGCGCAGCUUUGUGUAGUCAAAAUUGCGUACUUUGUGAUUCCGGAGAUAAUAGAUUUUAUCCUAUCAUCUAACUGAACCAGUGAAACA